AUGCAGGCGCCUACUGAGCAACAUCGUGAACGGUACGCGCCAAAUUUACCCAACGAUGAUUCAGAGCCGACACAAGUGGAUGUUUCGUAUAUGGAUGAUCUAUCACAAAGACUGUUAUCUCGCACAUUCCGUUACAAAAGAAGAAAAUCUACAUUUACCUUGUUUCUCCCCGAUUUUCAGACUGAAUACCACAGGCAUUUUGAAAAUGCACUGCUCCGUUAUCUCUGCAACUAUGAUGACUUGAUUAUCAAGUCUUCAUUAACUGUGACCGAUUUCGAGCUAAACAUUAUCGAUGACCAUAAUCGCCCUAGUAAUCACCUUCUAACCCAGAACAACGCCACAUGUCCAUCCUCACAGCGACUUCGGUCUACUGAAUCGCAGUGCUUUGCCUGGCCUGGCGAUCCUGACACAAUUGCUCAUGGUAUCCAUGGGACUCCUAGCACGGCGAAUAGUAAGAAGACGAGAACCUCGGACACAAACUUUAAUAAUCCAACAACACACGAUCAACAGGCGAUGCCCGGAGCUUCCGAACCCAAGUCAGUGGAAAGAAAUGGUAUCCUGUACGUGGUCGGAUUUAAAUUUCCUUGGAGUAUCAAUAGGCCAUUGAUUUUUCAUAGUUUGACCUUGAAGAUGCCAGGAGUUCGCUAG